GCGGCGCCACCGCGCUCGUCCCUCCCCCCGGCCCGGGCCCCGCACGCCCGUCGAGAUGUCAGAAGACCUUGCUAAGCAGUUAGCUAGCUACAAAGCUCAGCUUCAGCAAGUUGAGGCUGCCUUAUCUGGGAAUGCAGAAAAUGAAGAUUUACUAAAACUGAAGAAAGACUUACAGGAAGUCAUAGAAUUAACCAAAGAUCUCCUUUCAACACAACCUUCGGAAACUCUUGCAAGUUCUGACAGUUCUGCUUCUGCUCUGCCCAGUCACUCCUGGAAGGUUGGGGAUAGAUGUAUGGCGAUAUGGAGUGAGGAUGGACAGUGUUACGAAGCUGAGAUUGAAGAAAUAGAUGAGGAGAAUGGAACAGCUGCAGUCACAUUUGCUGGAUAUGGCAAUGCUGAAGUUACACCUCUGUUCAACCUCAAGCCUGUGGAAGAGGGAAGAAAAGCAAAAGAGGACAGUGGCAACAAACCCAUGUCCAAAAAAGAGAUGAUAGCCCAGCAACGAGAAUAUAAAAAGAAGAAAGCCUUGAAAAAAGCUCAGAGAAUUAAGGAACUUGAACAGGAACGAGAGGACCAGAAAGUCAAGUGGCAACAGUUUAACAACAGAGCCUAUUCUAAAAACAAAAAAGGCCAGGUAAAGAGGAGUAUUUUUGCUUCCCCUGAGAGCGUAACUGGCAAGGUUGGAGUUGGAACAUGCGGAAUUGCAGACAAACCUAUGACACAGUAUCAAGAUACCUCUAAAUAUAAUGUCAGGCAUUUGAUGCCUCAGUAACAGGGGGAAAAGGUGGAACUUCAUCUCUGCAGGGCUUUACACUUACCUUUUUAUCAUUAUAUUUUUCUAAAAGUAAAUUAUUUGUUGGCACGUAGCAAGUAGUCCAUUUUGUCACCAUCACUUUGGCUUCAGCUGAUACAAGCCUUAAAUCUCCAGCUAUUGAUUUGACCCUGCUAAUCAUUAAACUUUUUGUAGUUGCAUUAAAAUACAUUCUGCAGGUAAAUGCUUUCAUGAACUGCUGAAAGCAGUUACUCUGCUGUUACUGUUACUCUGAAAGCAGUAGUUAUCUGCAGCUUUGAUCUCUGGAAUCUUCCAUUCAUACUAGUAGUGAAUUUUUUUUUCCCCUUAAGAAAAGUGGUGGUAUAAAAAUGGCACCUUAACAGCCUCCCUUGUUUCUGUAGUCACAGUGCUGUUUUGGUGACAAGCUUAGCAUUACAGAGCUACUGCAGCUCUGGGAGAGAGAGCUGGACUCCAUCAUAGCUUACAUGUCACAUGGAAUUGCUAAGGAAGUUCUAAACUACUCCCUUACAAAUCCACAGAUGAUCGAUUUGUACAGCUGUAAAUGAGGGCAGAACAGG